GUAAACAGUUUUCGCCGAGCCUGCGUGGUGGAAGGCUGCUGCUGUGUAGUGGGCGCCCCUCAAGUCGCCCCACCAUGCUCUUGCACUCGUUACGACCAGCUGAUCAUUUUCCGCGGUGAUAUUUUUCUUAACGCCCUAACAGUGAGGUAACCCAGUGCUCCUAACUACCACUACAGUCGUUAUAUGCGUGUUGGGAAAACGAUAUAUCUUUGUUAAUUAAAAACGGAGUGUAACAGAAAAAAGAUCUUGGUGUCUUGGUCCUCCGUCUCUCAAGGUCUGUUACUUUGGCCCCGCGCAGUUGAAAUCAAGGUGCUGGCCAGGUAACACAGGCGCCAGGUAACACAAGUGGCAGCAACACUUAAGUGGCUACGUGGCUUAAGAAGGGGCGAGGGAAAGGGAAGUGUAACCCAAGAAUCGCAGUUUAUAAGUCGAGUGGGGAGUGGUGUGAGUGUGUGUGUAUGUUGGUGUGUGUUGGUUGGUUGAGUAACGGCGUGAGGCAGGAGGGGCCCGGCCUGUCGCUGUGCCAAAUUGCAUGCCCCACAGUGCCUACCCAAGACCUCCCCUCCCUCCCUCCCAGCCUCACCCUGCCUCUCACACCCUGUCUCAUCGUCUGCCUCUUCCUCUCCUGCGUAACUUUUGACGUAAGAAUACCUCAUAACUCAUAGGGGAGGAGCGACAGAGGGGUGAAGAGUGAGGAAACUUAGUCCACGUCCAGAGAAGAAAGGGAAGGAAAGGAAGAAGACUGUUACAGAGGAGUGAGUGAGAGGACGACAAGGAAGUAAGUGGAGGAGUGUGGACGUACGUGUUCUGAGUGACGAAAGAAGUAAGGAAGGAAGGCACAGUGGAAGGAGAGGAAAAGACGUCGAUAAAGAAAGGUGAAAAAGGACGGGAAGGAAGUGGAUGAGUUUCUACGCAUUUUAGAAGUGAGGAAUUAAAAAACGGAGUCCUCAACAUCCAACCACCUCAACCACCGCCAACACCACCACCCUAUAAACUCAUGUUGCAGCCAGCCAUCACCACCACUACCACCACCACCCGCAUCAUCACCACCACAUACUGACGCCACCACCUCCCCACCAAAGGCCAUGAGGAGCCAGCACAGCCCCGGAGAGUCACAGGUGAGGAAGCUGAGGUGGCAGGUGCAAGAGGCGCGGCUGGGCGUGGAGCUGUGGGAGGUAGGUGAGCCCCUGACCCCGGGCGAAGCGGACCCCGGCGGUGGUGAGGGCGUUGGGGGCGGCUUGAACCCCCCGGGACCCUCCCAGGGGGGGACAGGCGUCCCUGGCACCACCCGCAGCGACUCCUCCUCUGGAAACGAAUCCUCCGCCUCGGAAGCCUCGUCCUCGUUCGGCUCCUCCUCGGGGGCCCCGCGGCGCCCCUGCUAUUUCACCGCACUCUCAGACCCCGGCUACGAGUCAGCCCACCCGCCAGACGACGAGCGCGAGGAGGCGGAGCGGCGGCUGCGUCAGGAGCAGUGCCAAGGCGGUGAGGACAUGUCUCUUAGGGAGCGGUGUGAGGGGCGCGAGGGUUCCCCACUGCACCAGGGCCUCACGCGCUCCCGCUCCUUCGGGGGGCUGCUCACUCACCGCCGCUCUGGCUCUGGUGCCGGGUCGCCGCAGCAGGCGGGGGCCAGGGCCGGCUGGGCGGGCCAAGGCGUGUUGGGCCAGACCGGUUCGUCACCGAGGGACGUGCGGCGCGUGCUGGCGCUGCCGCCCCACGUCAAAGUCCCCAAGUCACCCCGGCCGGAGCGCGCCGCUCAGAUCAGCAGCAGCGUGGCGCACGGCCUCAAGGAGUGCGUCGCCGUCACCAAGCAAGACCUAGAUUCCCUCCAUCAGGUGCACCAAGAUGCACACCUGCACCAGCAGUCACAGGGUCGCUUGUAUGAGGUGGAGAAGCAAAUCAAGGCUGCCGAGCGCUACCUCAAGAGGGUCGAGUACCACCUGAGCAAGCUGGAGGACCUGCAGGACCAGUACACACUGCACCAGAAGCUGAGGGAUGGGGUACGAACGAUGGCCUACGCGUACGCUCUCUCGCCGGGAAAGGAGAAGGCGUCGGCGCUGAGCAACGUGCGGUCAGGCUACAGGGAGUGCACGGAGACGCUGUGUGCCCUCGAGGUGAAGAUUGAGCAGCUCAUCGGCACACUGACCCUCGAGAUGAAAGGCAUCCAGGGCUUCGCUCGGCUGUGUCCCGGCGACGUGUUUGAGGUGACGCUAAAACACGGGACACAGAAGUGGAAGUCUCGGGGUCGGGUGUGCAAGGACAACACUCAGACAUGGGACAACCAGCGCACCGUCAUCAAGGGACUCAUUGGGGAGAUGCUGCUCAUCAAGGCGGUGGAGGUGCGAGUGCUCGGCAAGACGGUGGUGAUCGGCAACAAGGUGUGUGAGACCAAGGACCUCUUCUCACCCCACCCGCAGCUCAUGACCGUCAAUCUCAACCCCUCAGGCUCACUCAAGCUCAACAUUGUCAUCACCUGGAAUCCUCUGGAUGGCGUGAUAGAGGACGGCCUGAUGAGGACGCCCAGCAUGUCUGCCACCUCCCCGGGCAACAAGAGGAGGCUGCCAGUCCUCCACACACUCUCCUCCUCGCCGCCGUCUACUGUUGCUGGUGUUCCCUCUGGCAAGGACAGUAACUUGUCCCCAGAGUGUGAUCAUGACAGCAGUUUUGGCAGCAUGUCUGCCCGAAGCUCAACAGCCGACAGUGCAAGUCCUCUGUCUGAGUACCGAGGUCUACUGUCCUCCCACGCAGCACUCUCCACACGCACCGACAGCAACAGCCCUGUGUCUGAUUACCAGGGACUGUCAAGGAGAAGUGACAGUCAAGACUCAAUAUUGUUUGAUGGGCGGGACUCGGCAAGUCCUCAAUGUGACAACACCGGCAACUUCACGUUGGUCCGCAAGAAGGAGAGUCGGGUGGAGCAGUGGGCCAGAUACUCUCAGUUCAGCAUCUCUCAAGGCUCCAACAUGGACAUGAUGUCGCGCUCUUUCUCCCACCUCUCCUCCUACUCCACGGGCCUCUCCCCCACCAUGUCCCAAUCCCUCUCACAACAGCUGGACCUCCUGGGGGGCGAGCCAGACUCCAUCAGGUGGGGGGAGGGCGGGCACUCCUGGGAUGAGGCCAACCCCCCCAUCACCCUCAAGAAGGUUGUGAGUCGGCUGUGCACGUGCUUGGAAGACAUCCAGGGACAGUUCCCACAGCUGCACACGCUGGAGGAGGCCGUGCUGGAUCUGGACGACAUGUGCAGGAACUGCAGCAGUAGGCGAGAGAGCGGUGCCUCAGACAUCAGCCUCUUGGUUGAGUCAGCCUUAGAAUGCUUUGAUUUCCUCAGUGCAGAGUGUGAUGAUAAUGGUGAUGAUGAUGAUGAGUAUUUUCCUGAAAACUGCCGCAGUCGGCGCGACAGCAACACCUCAGAGAUCAGCCUCUCAGUGGAGUCUGCCCUUGAGUGCUUUGACUUCCUGAAUGCUGUCUGUGAUGAUGACUUUGAAGACGACCAUCCGGACGCGUGUGAGGAAAAGAAAAACAAGGAGGCCGCUGCUCUGCUUGCUGCCUCCUGCCAGCCAGACGUCAGCCAGCCAGUGGCCACAAGCAGCGCCCAGCUGGACCUGUUCCUCUACACCCACCUCAGACACGCCCUGCAGCUCCUACAGCACCUCGGAUCCUUUGGACCACUGAGGAGCCGGGAACACCACUCCCUCAAGAAGCUGGAGGAGGAGGGGCACCUGGUGGCGGGCGUGCUGGCCCACCGGCACAACUUUGACAGCCUCAAGCCCCAGCACCUCAUCACCGUCCCCCACGUGCAGGUUCUAUGGGACUCGGUGGCGGGCGGCGAUGACUGGUGUGUGCCGGGCCAGGCGGUGGUGGGCGGCCUCCUGCAGGUGGUGUCCUCGCUGGUGGACCCGGCCAUGCCUGGACUGGCCCGGAGAGUGUUGGAGGAGAUUGUGUGCUCCAUGACGGACACGGAGGAGUUUGACGGCAAGGCGAUGGUGACGGUGGGCCACUUCCUCCACCACCUGCACCGCCCACUGGAGCAGACGGUUCCCAUCAUUGCCCACAACCUCACCACAGGUGACCUGCUGCUCUCUGGCAACCCCAAAAAGGUGGAGAUGGGGCUACAUCAGAUCAAGGAGCCCACAGCCCUGCACAUCAAGAUCAUGGGACACCUGCUGGCCGGCCCCUCGGAGCUGCGGCACGUCACCACCAGCUUCGUCAACAGCCUGGCCCACAACAACCAACUCAUGCAGGUGAUUGUCGAGCUGUGUCUGCUGCUGCUGGAGUCCGGCCGCACCAGCAACAGGGAGGCGGCGUGCAUCCUCCUUGGGGUGCUAGCACCAGUUGUACCCGAGAACACAGAGCGGAAAGGAGACGCCAAAAAGGCUGGUAAAAGCUCAAACAAGACCAAGAAACAUUCCCCAGCUACACAGAAGGAGGCACCUGAGUGGCCAAGGCCCAUAGAGGUGUUGUCCUUCCUGCAGCAGAAUGACCCAUCAGGGGAGGUGCGAGAGGCUGCCAGACAAGCCUUGCUCAGCCUUGGUUCGGAGGGACAGACGGCGCUGCAGCAGGUACAGCUCUCCUCCCAUGGCUUCCAAGGGGUGGACAUGAAGGAGAAGGCAAGAGAGGCCAAGGUGUCCGGCAAGAAUGGGUAACUUUUUAAUGCAUCACCGGGCCUGUUGAAGGAUUUGGUCACAUUUUCAAACUCAUCAGGUAGGGAAUGUGAAUGACAAAGGUGUCUGGAAGUGGUUUUUGGUGGGUGGAUCUACAGGAAGUGGAAAGGUUGUAAGAAAUAAAUAUUUUUAACUCAUUGGUGCUGUGAAGGAAACGUUGGUGUUGAUUUUUAGCUCAUUAAACCGGACUCAACAAAUUGAAGGUGUCUGGUAAAAAUGGGUAAUAUUGUUUUAAUCCAGGGAUAUGUUAAUGCAAUGGUUGGUUGGAUUCUUUAACCCAAGUUGGCAUGAAUUUAUUAUUUCAAUUAUGUAAGUCAUUUCAUUAGUGAUAAUGCAGCAGGUGGUGGUUAAGUUGUGUAUUGAACUCCUCAGGUUAAGACUGGUCAGGUUUUGGGCAGUGGCUGUCUAGGGAUGAAAGCACUGAAUUAUACUCAAGUAAAUCUAUACUUUUAGCAGAUGAUAUGAGGCGCUCAGAAGAGAACGGGUAAACUCGCCACCAAAAGAAAACGGGAUUUUAGGCGCGGAAAAUUUCUUCUAUAUCAGGAGAUGGUGAGUUCGUCUGUUUGUUUGUGAAAAGAUUGGGUAAAGAAGGCAAGUUUAUCAUUCUUACCCGGCCCUGGUGUGGGGUAGCUCUUCUAGAUACGGAGUUUUAUUCAAGACUUACUUUUGGCGAGCUCAACCUUUCUAUUCUUGACGCCUCAUAUAAUGACCAACUUCAGGAAUAACCUCUCACGCUGACCUCAGGUUGGUGGGGAGAGGCUCGAUGGGAAUGCAGAGAUUUAAUGUUGUCUUGUCAGAUAUUUUUAGCUCAUUCCUUUUUUCUCAUCCUCACCUCUGUUGCAUAAUAGCAAAACCUUAAAUAUUCUGAAUGUCAUAAGGUUCCUAGGGCAGAUCCUUUGGUAAAGUGUAGACCCAUUGUAGCAAAACACCACCACCACCACCACCACCAUCACCGCCAUCACCACUUCCAUCCCCUCCCUUGACUUAUAUUUUGAAUUUUUAAAAGCUCAUCCCCACCCCGACCCCAUCCUUGCAAGUAACGUUGAUUCAGGUAGCAACUUUGUAUUGCCACGCUCUGUAAUACCAACACUACCACAGAAUGUACUCCAUCAGAUCUGAAAUUUUGUGUAUCUGCUAAACUGAUACUUGAGCACAGAACAGUCAAUUUUAAUGGAUCUGAAAGUAUGUGUGUUUGUGUGUGUGUGUGUGUGCAUGUGUCUAUAUGUGUGUGUGUGUGUGCAGUAAAAUGAAUCGUGUAUAUGUAAUUUUUUCAAGUAGGUGAACCCAGAGCCUCAGUCACCAAGACCAGGCUUGUGAGGACUUGCUGUGUGUGUCUGAAAGGUGCUGUUAGGUGAGGCAGGCAGGAAGCAGGUAUACAUGGGGAAGGAGAUUGGAUGGUAUAGUCAUGUCAAGAGGGAGGAGGAGGGCCAUGAACUCAGAAAAACUGCGGAGGUAGAGGUAGAAUGAAGGAGAUCAACUGGAAGACUGGGGAAGACCUGGAGACAGUGUGUGGAGGAAGACAUAUGAAGGAUGAACGUCAAAGAGGAGAGUAUAUGAUGAUCAAGAGUGGGAGAGACUGAUGUCCUGGCCAACCCCAUAAGGGAAAAUAAGGAAAUUAAACAAAAAAAAAAAGAAUAGAAGGACAUUAGGGAAAUGAACACAAUCCCUCAACCACACCAUGAAAAUCCAUACCAAAAUUAACCCACUCCAGUUGGAUAGAGUGAAAACGUAAAAAAAGGGUGGUAAUUAUGUCAUAUUGAAAGACCUCAGCAUCGUCAUGAGAAGUGGUGUAUAAAAACAAUUAGAGGUGGAGAGAGAGACAGUGUAUUUGUGUGUGAGUGUGGCAGUUUGUGUGUGUAUGUGCAUCAGUUUGUGUAUGUGUGUGUAGGGGGCUGGCCGGACACAGACAGGUGGUUGUCAUCGAAUGCUUGCUCAAUGCCCCUCGGACAGACCCCGACGUGAGCUGCGGCCACACACAACUUGCUUGGUGUUAUAAGAGCAACGUGAACUAUACUCCUCACUCUCUCCAUGCCAUUUUUUGUAUUCAUGCAUGUGUGAACCUCAUUAUUCCAGUAUGUCUAUUUUUAUCCAGUUCUUGUCUGUGUUAUAUGUAUGUAUGUGUAUAAUUUCACACUCAUCUAGUCCUGUAAAAUACUAUACAUUAAAAUUUUUAUUUGAAUGUUACCUUUUGUAUAAACUUUCUCAUUGGCAGAUUUUGAUAUAUAUUGUUGUUCAUAAUUAUUAGUUCAUUAUGUGUAUGAAGAUCUUUUUAGCUUUACUAAAAACAAACCAACGGCUUUUAUCCUUGCUUGUCUUGGCCUGCAAGGCGCGAGACUUCCCUCCUUUAUUACAUUGCUUACUAUGAUGUCCAUAGUUACGUACGCUGCUUCGACAGACUUAGUCCCUUCGUUGUCCCAUGUACAUAGUGUAUGUUGAAAAAUGUUGUUAACCUGUAUAUUUCUUUCCCCUCCAUGUGUGGACAUAUUGUACACAGUCACAUUAUCUCUUAAAGUAAAGAAAUCAUAAGUUA